AUGGAAGCUCUUUCAGCGCAAGCUGGCGGCGGCCGCCCACCCAAUGCUAGAGGCCGAGGUGGACGGGGCCGCGGCCGAGGCGGCAACACCGGCAACAGCAGCAGUAACAACAACAGCAGAGGAGGACGCGGAGGGUCCAGGUCGCAGCAACAAAGUGGCGGCGAUGCUUCGGCGGGACAAUCUGCGGCAGACCCGGCUUCCCUGCCGAAAGCACCUGUCACAGUCCCGGUAGCUGCCGACGCCGCCGACGGCGAAGACGACCUAGAGGCCGAGGUGUGCUUCAUUUGCGCCAGCCCUGUCAUUCACCAGUCUGUCGCGCCCUGUAACCACCGCACCUGCCAUAUCUGCUCAUUGCGGAUGAGGGCGCUAUACAAGAGCAAGGAGUGCGCGCAUUGUCGGACACUGGCACCUUUUGUCAUUUUCACCGAUGACGGCACGAAGCGGUACGAAGACUAUAGCGAGGCGGAUAUCACCACCACCGACGAUAACAUCGGCAUUCGGUAUGCGAAGGAGGACAUCGUGGGCGACACGGUCCUGCUGCUCCGCUACAACUGCCCGGAGGAAUCCUGCGACUUCGCCGGCCUCGGCUGGCCAAACCUACACAAGCAUGUCCGGUCCACACACAACAAGAAGAUGUGCGACCUGUGCACGCGCAACAAAAAGGUCUUUACGCAUGAGCACGAGCUCUUCACCGACAAGGAGCUCGAGAAGCACAUGCGCCACGGCGACGACAAGCCCGGAGCGAUCGACCAGACCGGCUUCAAGGGCCACCCGUUGUGCGCCUUUUGCGGCUCGCGCUUUUACGAUGCCGACAAGCUCUACGAGCAUUGUCGUGAGAAGCACGAGCGGUGCUUCCUGUGCGACCGCCAGGAUCCCCGGCAACCGCACUACUACCGCGACUACAACUCGCUCGAGGACCACUUCAAGAAGGACCACUUCCUGUGCUACGACCGCGAGUGCCUCGAGAAGAAGUUUGUCGUCUUUGGGUCCGAGAUGGACCUCAAGGCGCACCAGCUUGCAGAGCACGGCACCACGCUGAGCAAGGACGUCAGGAGGGAUGCGCGCCACGUAGAUAUCUCUGGUUUCGACUACCGGCAGCCAUACCAGGAGCCUACUCGGGGAGGCCGGGCAGGCCGUGGCAGAGGAAGGGACAACAGAGAUGGUGGCGGCGGCGAGCACGCUGGGCGAGAUGGCCGCAGGGGUAGGGACCCUAAUGCGGAGCCCAUCCCAGCCAGCUCGGCGCAGCCACUGCGGCGUGAUGAGCUGGCGUUCCAGCGACAGAUGGCCAUUCACUCCUCCCAGUCCGUAUCAACUCGCACAUUUGGCGGUCAGCUCUCGUCCGCGAACCCGACGCCAGCAGCGGCCUCGGCACGGAACAAUGCCGCUCCAGCGGGAGCUGCCGCGGCGGCUGGCCCUCCGACUGCUGCUCUCGAAGGACUCGCGAUAUCUGAAGCAAAUCUGACGCCAGAAGACCGGGCCAGACAGGUCCGGCACGGUGCCGUGCUCGAACGCGCGGCGAAUCUCCUGCAGAACGACCAGAACAAGCUCAACACUUUCAGAAACCACAUCUCCUCCUACCGCCAAGGCAAGCAGACCGGGACUGCCCUGAUCGAUGCCUUCUUCUCGUUAUUCUCGGACACCUCCGCUUCCGCGCUGGGCACGCUGGUACGGGAAGUCGCCGACCUGUUCGAGGACAAGGCCAAAGGCGACGGCCUGCGGAAAGCAUGGAGCGACUGGCGCGCCAUCAACGAGGACUACCCGGCCCUGCCGGGGCUCGGCGGCAUGCACGGCGCCACGACGUCCAACAGCGGCUGGGCGUCUGCCGCGUCUUCCACGCCGGCGCAGACCUCGGCCGGCGGAUCGGCCGCCAGUAACCAGCGCCACACGACGCGCGUGCUCAAGCUCAAGAGCUCCACGCAACAGUCCCGCAGGUCGAGCAUGGGCCAGGCCGGCGUCCUGAUCCCCACGACUGCGGCACCGCGGCCUCCACCGCCCGCGAGCGCGACUUCUGCUUUCCCAUCCCUACCGUCGGCAGGUAAUAAGUCUAACGCCAAUGCCGCCGCCGCUUCCCGCGCCACGGCCAACGCGCUCUGGGGCGUCAGCAACAACAGCAACAACGGCUCGUCGUCGUCGCCGUCGUUCUCACAGCCAUCCUCGACAUCAUACAGUCGCCCACCGCCAGUGCGCAACACGAACCGCGGCGGCGCAGGCGAGGACGCCUUCCCUGCGCUGCCCGCGGCGCCCAAGCCGACGACCACGAUCUUCGGGUACGGCCGGGGCGCGGUGCGCCGGGAUUUCGGCGGCUCGUCGCGCGAGCCCGCCUUCUCGUGGGGUGGUGGCGGCAGUGGGAGCGGUGACCCGGCCGCCGAGGGUGCUGCCGGUGGUGCUGGUGGCGAGGAAGAGGGCUCGGGUAAAGGAAAGAAGGGGAACAAGGGGAGGAAGAAGGUCCUUGUGCAGUGGGGAUGA